UAUUAUUUUUUAUUUAGUUUCAUCUGCAUCAUAUGUUAUCCUUUUUCUUGCUUUCAUUUCAUACAUGACCAGACAAUAAAAGUUAAGACAUUUCCAUUGUCCGAUUUCCGGCAAAGCUCGUGUAGAUUUCCCACAUCAAGCUUCGUAUAUUUUGCACGAUCCUUCUCUCUUAUUCUUUCCUUCUCUCCCACAACUUCUUCUUCUUGAAUCCAUCUACAAGUAUCAAUAAUUAUAUUCAAGAUCAUUCUGGUUUCUCAUACACUCUUACAAUUAAACUGUCAAAAUCCAUCAUUGUUCAUAAUUCCCAACUGUUCCUCGUCAAGUCGAAGCUUCGCGCUUCAGUUCCAACUGAAUCUCUCACUACAGCUCGUUUCUACAUCAAAGCUCAGUUUUUUCCAUCUGGGUUUACGUCUUUUUUGAUCCGAUGUUGUCGAAAAGAGUGGCUGUGUUCUUCGCCAUCGGCGCUUUGUUGUACGGAAACGGGUGGGUUAGUGUCGGAGGCAUCGGAGUGAACUGGGGAACUCAGGCGACUCAUCCUCUGCCGCCGGAGACGGUGGUGAGGCUUCUCCGUGACAACGGUUUCCAAAAGGUGAAGCUUUUCGAAGCCGACGCGGCGAUCCUCAAGGCGCUUAGCCGGUCGGGGAUUCAGGUCAUGGUCGGAAUCCCUAACGACAUGCUCGCUUCUCUCGCCGGCAGUGUUGAAGCUGCUGAGAGAUGGGUUGCUCAGAACGUUUCCUCUCAUGUCUCCUCCAAUGGCGUCGACAUCAGGUAUGUAGCAGUUGGGAACGAACCGUUUCUGCAGGCACUGAACGGGACAUAUCUGACAACAACUCUUCCAGCCCUCCAGAAUAUCCAAUCGGCUCUGAUAAAAGCCGGUUUAGCCACUCAGGUCAAAGCCACCAUUCCCCUCAACGCCGACGUAUACCAGAGCUCAUCCAACCUCCCUUCCGACGGCGACUUCCGGCCCGAUAUCCGCGAUCUUAUGCUUCAGAUCGUCAAGUUUCUGAACGAUAACCAGUCUCCGAUAACCAUCAACAUCUACCCUUUCAUCAGCCUUUACAACGACCCGAAUUUCCCCGUGGAGUUUGCCUUCUUCGACGGCGGAUCUUCCGCUCCUAUAAACGACAAUGGCCGAAUCUAUGACAACGUUCUUGACGCAAACCACGACACCCUUGCCUGGGCACUGCAGAAGAACGGAUUCGGGAACAUGUCUAUCGUCGUCGGGGAAAUCGGGUGGCCGACGGAUGGGGAUAAAAACGCAAACUUGCAAAAUGCAAGGAGGUUCAACCAAGGGUUCUUGAACAGGCAGAGAGCUGGUAAAGGAACUCCGAUGAGGCCGGGGGCAAUGGACGUUUACUUGUUCAGUUUGAUCGAUGAAGAUGCGAAAAGCAUUCAGCCCGGGAACUUUGAAAGGCACUGGGGAAUGUUCUACUUUGACGGGCAGCCGAAAUACGAGCUUACCCUCAACGGAAACGGGCUCGUUCCGGCCAAGGCAGUACAUUAUCUGGCUCGGAAAUGGUGCGUGCUUUCGCCAUCCGCGAAUCUUGAUGACCCUCAAGUGGCUCCGAGCGUGAGCUAUGCGUGCUCACACGCCGAUUGCACGAGCCUCGGGCUCGGAUCCUCGUGCGGGAACAUUGACUCGAGGCAGAACAUCUCAUACGCGUUCAAUAGUUAUUAUCAGAUCAGCAAUCAGACCGAGAGCUCGUGUAAGUUCCCGGGCUUAUCAGUGAUCACAAACGUUGAUCCUUCUGUUGGAGAUUGUAAAUUCAGGGUGAUGAUACAGACGGAAACCCUAGAAUCUGGUGGCAGUAGUAAAGCAAGUGGCGCAUUUCUUACACGACAACCUCAGCUGUUGAUGAUGUUUCUGUUCAUGUGUGUGUGUCUAUUGUCCUGUGAAUAUCAGUAUUAAGUUGCUGUUUUUUUAAAACUCUGUUGUUGUUCAUAGAGAAUUAAAAAGGAGCAUUGAGGAUUUUUUCCUGCUUCUGAUUUGUAAGGUGGCAUUGUAGUGAAUGUUUUGUAUAUCAAUCUCAAUAAUUUAUUUGACAAUUAUGUUGGA